AUGCCUCCUCCCGUUGGCAGAUAUGGGCCUUCGGGUCUCGGUGGUCCGUACAAUUUACAGCAAGCUCAUCUUCAAUCCCAACAUCCUCACGCUCAAUCUGCGAACUCUGCCCUCCCGCCCCCUUCACUUGGCGGCCACCCUGGAUUUGCCGGAAACCCAAAUACGAAUAUCAAUCCGUUUACACUUUCCGGUGCUGGCGUUGCAAAUGGUAUGUCGGUGGCUGGAUUUGCGGGGGCUGAUGCUGGUGGCACCGGGCUCGCAAGCCAUGCGGCACAGAUGGGAUUCGCGCGGGGUGCACAAAUGCAACAACAGCAACUACACCAAGGUCAUGAUGGACGGUUAGCGCUAGAAUCAAAAGCUGGUCUGGCAAAAUCACGUAUCCGCGAUGUGUGGAGGCACAAUCUCGCUCAGGAAAUGGCUGUGUUAAGGUCACUGGUGGACAAGUAUCCAUACAUCAGCAUGGACACCGAAUUUCCCGGAAUUGUCGCUCGACCGAUCGGAUCGUUUUCCAACAAAGCAGACUAUCACUACCAGACCCUCCGAUGUAACAUUGACUUGUUAAAGAUGAUCCAGUUGGGCAUUACACUUUUUGAUGAAGAUGGAGAGGUUGUGCCUGCUACAGCUACAGAUGCGAAUGGUCAACCACUCGGAAAUACGAUGUCCCCUGUCCCGUGCACCUGGCAGUUCAACUUCUGUUUCUCCCUUGAGGACGACAUGUAUGCGCAAGACUCCACAGCCAUGCUCGCAAAGUCUGGCAUUGAUUUCAGCAUGCAUAACAAAAACGGCAUUGAUCCCUUUGAGUUCGGAUCUUUGCUGAUCAGUUCCGGUCUUGUUUUAUUGGAUGACGUUCACUGGGUCUCGUUUCACUCUGGUUAUGAUUUCGGCUAUCUGAUGAAGCUUAUGCUCUGUUCUCCGCUGCCUGAGAACGAAGAAGACUUUCACAAGCUCAUGCACAUUUUCUUCCCGUCUCUCUACGACAUCAAGUACCUGAUGAAACAUGCGGGCCGCAAUCAAGCUGUUAACGACUCACCUCUUACCCCUACUGCUGUUCAGAUCCUGGCAAAUUUGGGUCAAAAGUCGGGGCUUCAGGAUAUUGCCGAUGAACUGGGAAUCAAGCGUGUCGGAAUUGCUCACCAAGCAGGCUCUGAUUCUUUGGUCACUGGUGAGGUGUACUGGAAAAUGCGGCAAGUGGUGUUCAACGGGAGCAUUGACCCAAGCAAAUACUCAGGCCAGAUCUGGGGUUUGAAUGGAAAAAUGCCCGCUUUGACGUAUCAGAUGGCUCAACAAACCCCCAAUCUCAAUGGAGCCACCAUCUACUCCAAUUCCGGCACCCCGAGCACCCCGAAUACAGGACAUAUUGCAAUGGGGGCUCACACUCCUCACGGCUCUGGGUAUCAUACCCCUGGGCCGAUGGCA